UCAUUUGUAAAUUGGAGUUCGCCGUGUUUAGUGGUUUAAAAUUUUCCUUUCGGUCGUUCUACGUACAAAAAAUACUAAGUAAAAAAUACUGAAUAAACAUUUCAAUUUUAGUAUUUCACUCACUAAGUAAAAAUAAAAAAAUAGAAAAUAAUUUAAUUCGGUUCGCUAUCCAACCGUGUUAUAAAAAUUAAACAAAUUUUUAUUGAAAAACAAACGAAACGAAAUUUUCAUUUGCAAAUUUUGCAUUUUGUUCUAUUUAACCUGACGUUGUUGUCGUCUGUCUGCCUAAUAAUUAAACACAUUGUGGUUUUAAACAAUAAUUACUUGAGUUGCUUAAAGAAAGAAAACAAAACUAAAAAUUAAAAAAAAAUUAUAAUUAAUAAUAAUAAAAAUUUUUAAUCGAAAUUAAACAUCUACAAAACAACAAUACAAUAAAAAUAAUAAAUAAAUACAUUAUAAGUAAUUGAAUUGAAUUCGAAUCAAAGAACAGUCAGUGUUUCUGUGAGUGAGUAAAAAUUCAAAAAAAUACUCUUUUGUAUCUGCAAAAAAUAUUCAAAUUCAAACAAGAAAUACAAUUUGAGAAAAAAAAAAAGAUUCAAAAAGAUGAUAUAAAACAUAAACAAAUAAAUAAAUGAAAUUAAAUUUUAAAAGUAAAUUAAAUAAAUUUUACAUUUACUACCACUGUAUUGUUAUUGCCACAAUUAAUGCCAGCCAACAAAACAGUCAGCAAAAGUGUUUAUUUGUUUUUCCUACACAUGAUUGAGAUAAAGAUGCUAGUGAUGCUACCAUACAGAUGCUGCCACAAAUAAUUGCUGAUGCUGUUAUGCUACUAAUACGACUACUGUUAACCAAAUAACCAAAUCGCUAUUACUACUGCUUCUGCUGUUGUUAAUAAUAAAUGUUUUUGUACGAUAAAAAUAAAAAUAAAACUGAACAGAAUUAAAUCAAUCAUCACUUUUUAGCUUUAUAACCCAUUGUUAAUGACAACAUUAUCAAAAUACACUCAACACUCUAUAGUCAAUGAGCGAGAGUUCUAUUACUAUUGGUGAGUUUGGCAAUAAAAUAAACAGACUUGUCGUCAUUAUCUAGACAAAAAUAUCGUUUAUACAACAAACAACAAAAUUUUUAAAUAUCCCAUCGUUAUUGCCGCUGUUCCUGCCAUUUAUUGCCACUGCAUUCAAAUAUUGCUGUGAAUUGCUUUUAAUAUUUAUUCAUCACAAUAAAACAACAAUAAUAACAACAAAUUCAUCGUUAAGAACAACAACAACAAUAAUAAUUGUUUGUUUGGACCGGAAAGCAUAUGCUCAUAAUCGCCCUAACAGACAGACAAGUGAAAUUCACUGAAACUGUAACAGACAUUUUAAGAAUAUCAACCAAUUUAUUAUUGAAACUUUAUUAUCGCUUAUUUUGAGAAGGAGAACGAAAUCAAUUAAAGGACUUCCCCAUGUUGGGCAAAUUUACAUCAAAUCAUGUUCAGGUCUAUCAUCAGUAUUCCCGUACUGUUUCAUUAAAGAAACCUAAAAAGACAAAUACAGAACAACUGUUGUCAAGUGCAACAUAAAUAAAGAUAAAAAACCAAAUAUUAAAUUUAAAAUAAUAAAAUUUCGCAAAAUAAAAAUAAGAAUUGCUUCAUACACAUACGGAAAAGGAUAUUGAAAUACUCACAACAAGUAAAACAGGAUUCAUAAUAUAAAAAAUAAAUAAAUAAAUAAAAGAAAGUAUAACAAGAGGAAACAGAAAGGCGGUUACAGUAAUAACAAUAGCAACAAUUCGCAAGAGACAAUGUUAAUACAACAAUAGCAAAAAAUAAAUAAAUCGCAAUUCAUAAAUUUAUAAAAACAUACAACGAAACAUUGCAAAAAUAAAAAAAAUAAAAUCCAAAGAACAAAAGAAAAAAAUUUUAUAAAUAAAAAAUACUAACUGAGAAUAACAUCUGUAAAAUACUGACUAAAUGUCUGUCAUCUGUCAGUAAAUCAACAACGACAUCAUCAACAACAAUUACAACGCCUACGACCUAGAACAGCAACAACAUCAACAUCUCUAGCUUUUGAAACGUAACGAACGUUUCGUGGGAGUGUGUGUUCGGUGUGAGGGUGUAUCCUGUUUGGCGUUUUUGUAUAAAAAACGCCGUGUAACACUUUUGUGGCAAGAGUGUAAAGAUUACAAAAAUUCCACAAUUCCGGAAUAUGUUGAAGCCAAAACGUCAAGCCAAACAGAAACCUAAAGCCAAACCGAUACCAUGGGGAUUGAAAAAAAUCUGUUGGGGAUUGAUAAAUAUAACUGUGCCCAGGCAUCAGCCUCGAAGUUGGAUUGAAACAAAUUUUCAAAAGCGUGAAUGCAUAAAAUUCAUACCAUGUCCCAAGGACGACACAAAAUGCUGCUGCGGCCAAGCACGUCAAACACAUCAAACUAUAGCUGGCAUCGAAAGCGGUUCACCCGGUGAUUUAUGGAUGCCUACUAAACAUACCAGAGCUCAGCCAACAGAUGCUUAUGGUACAAUAGAAUUUCAAGGUGGAGCCCAUCCAACAAAAGCCCAGUAUGUCCGUCUAUCUUUCGAUACCCGACCUGAAUUGUUAGUACAACUUUUUACCAAAGAAUGGAAUUUAGAAUUACCAAAGCUUCUGAUAACAGUACAAGGCGGUAAAGCAAAUUUUGAAUUGCAGCCAAAAUUGAAAAAGGAAAUUCGAAAAGGUUUAUUAAAAGCUGCCAAAACAACGGGAGCGUGGAUUUUUACAGGUGGCACAAAUACAGGUGUAACCAAACAAGUUGGUGAUGCUUUGCUAUUAGAGGGCCAGCAACGGACUGGUCGUGUUGUAAGUAUUGGUAUUGCACCCUGGGGUAUUGUUGAACGUAAUCAUGAACUUUUGGGUCACAAUCGUGAGGUGCCAUGCCACAGCAUCAGUUCACCCAGAUCCAAAUUGGCUGUGCUAAAUAAUCGUCACGCUUACUUUCUUUUGGUCGACAACGGAACACAAGCAAAAUACGGUGCUGAACUAAUUUUAAGAAGAAAAUUGGAGAAAUUUAUAUCAAAUCUUAAGCUGCAUCCAUUUACACAUUCCAGUACACCCGUAGUUUGCCUUGUUAUCGAAGGCGGUACAAACACAAUACGUGCAGUUUUAGAAUACGUGACGGAUACACCACCCGUGCCUGUGGUAGUGUGCGAUGGCUCUGGGCGUGCUGCCGAUUUAAUAGCUUUUGUUCACAAAUAUGCAUCGGAUGGCGACGAACAACCCGUUUUGGAAUCCAUGAGAGAUUAUUUAAUUAAUACAAUACAAAAAACAUUUGAAGUCGGCUCGGAUCAGGCUGAAAAACUUUAUCAAGAACUUUUACAAUGUACACGCAACAAAAAUUUGAUAACAAUAUUUCGUAUUCAAGAAAAGCCCGAAGGUGAAGCCCAAGAAUUGGAUCAAACUAUUUUAACAGCACUUUUCAAAUCACAACAUUUAAGCCCGCCUGAACAGUUGAGUUUGGCACUGACAUGGAAUCGCGUCGACAUUGCUCGUAGUGAAAUCUUUGUCUAUGGCCAAGAAUGGCCAUUAGGAGCUUUGGAUGAAGCCAUGAUGCAGGCACUAGAACAUGAUAGAAUAGAUUUUGUAAAAUUACUUUUAGAAAAUGGUGUUUCAAUGAAGAAAUUUUUGACAAUACCCCGCCUUGAGGAACUUUACAAUACAAAACAUGGUCCAGCAAAUACUUUAGGUUAUAUUUUACGUGAUGUACGUCCUCAUAUACCCAAAGGAUACGUCUAUACAUUACACGAUAUUGGUCUAGUUAUUAAUAAAUUAAUGGGUGGUGCUUAUAGAUCCUAUUAUACACGCCGAAAAUUUCGUCCUAUUUACGCCAAAGUAAUGAACAGUUAUGCAAAUGCACAUCGAAAAUCCUCCACGUAUCAACGUUAUGCUGGCGCGAAUUCAUUAAGUUUAGUAACGGGUCUUUUGCCCUUCACAUCGGAAAUGGCACUUUUUGAAUUUCCGUUUAAUGAACUUUUGAUUUGGGCUGUGUUAACAAAACGUCAACAAAUGGCUUUACUAAUGUGGACACAUGGUGAGGAAGCUUUAGCUAAAUCUUUAGUAGCAUGUAAGCUUUACAAAGCCAUGGCUCAUGAGGCAGCCGAAGAUGAUUUGGAUACAGAAAUUUAUGAAGAAUUACGUUCCUAUGCCAAAGAAUUUGAAAGUAAAGGUAUUAAAUUGCUAGAUUUUAGCUACAGAACAGAUGGCGAAAAGGCUCAACGGCUGCUAACGUGUGAACUACAUUCAUGGUCGAAUCAAAGUUGCCUUUCUCUGGCUGUUGCCGCAAAUCAUAGAGCAUUACUAGCACAUCCAUGCAGUCAAGUUAUUUUAGCCGAUCUAUGGAUGGGUGGUUUACGUACACGGAAAAAUACAAAUUUUAAGGUUAUACUGGGACUUGUCUUGCCAUUUUAUAUUAAACAUUUGGAUUUUAAAUCCAAGGAAGAACUUCAGCAGAUGCCUCAGACUGAGGAGGAACAUUUGGAAAAUCAAAAUUUAGACAAUGACGACUCCGAUCGUUCACAUCCCGAUGCUGAGAAUCCUCUUGCAAAAGCGAAAAGAUCUAUAUCUUUGAAAUAUAGGAUGGGCAGUAAUAACAAUAACGCUGAAAAGUAUAAAUUAUUACAAAUCGAAACAAAAAUUGAGAAAUCAUCACCAUCCCCAAAUAAUAGUUACGCUAAUUCCACCAAUGCACUUUUGGCGGAUACAUAUUCACUGCGUGAUACCAAAGUACAUGAAAACGGAAAAGUUAAUAUCACUGCCGGGGCGGAAGAACCACCCUCCAAAGUAUCAUUGACGGAUUCGGAUCCAUCACAAUUUCGAGAAUUUUUUCAUACAACCGAUUACGAAGUUAAGCAGCAUCAACCCUUAAGGCUGAAAAAGAAAGUGUACGAAUUCUAUACAGCACCUAUAACGAAAUUCUGGGCUGAUUCGAUGGCGUACAUGUUUUUCUUAUUAAUGUUCACGUUUACUGUAUUGGUUAAAAUGGAACAAAAACCACGAUGGCAGGAAAUGUAUUCGAUUGCAUAUAUCGCAACAUUGGGUUUUGAAAAAAUUCGUGAAAUAAUUUCCUCAGAACCAGUGGCAAUUACACAUAAAUUUUCCGUUUGGGCUUGGAACAUGUGGAAUCCUUGUGAUGGUGCGGCAAUUAUACUAUUUUUCAUUGGUCUCUCAUUGCGUUUUCGACCAAAUACCAUGGACAUUGGAAGAGUUAUUUAUUGUGUUGACAGUAUCUACUGGUAUUUAAGGAUUUUAAAUAUUUUGGGUGUUAAUAAGUAUUUGGGUCCACUUGUAACAAUGAUGGGUAAAAUGGUUAAAAAUAUGAUUUAUUUUGUGGUUCUACUCGCUGUGGUCUUAAUGAGUUUCGGUGUCAGUCGUCAGGCCAUUCUAUUUCCCAAUAUGGAACCUACUUGGCGUCUUAUACGAGAGGUCACCUAUCAACCGUACUUCAUGUUGUAUGGUGAAGUAUUUGCAGAUGAUAUUGAUCCACCAUGUGGUGAAAAUCCAAGUCAGCCUGCAUGUGUUACAGGACACUGGGUUACACCGAUUACUAUGUCAAUGUAUUUGUUGAUAGCAAAUAUUUUAUUAAUUAAUUUAUUAAUUGCGGUAUUCAAUAAUAUUUUCAAUGAAGUCAAUUCGGUUUCACAUCAGGUAUGGAUGUUCCAACGUUUCACCGUAGUCAUGGAAUAUCAACAGAAGCCCGUGCUGCCACCUCCGUUCAUAGCGUUUUGUCAUUUCUAUUCGCUGCUAAAGUAUUGUAUACGCAAAGCCAAAGGAUUGGAAGUUCAACGAGACAAUGGCUUGAAGCUUUUCUUGGAGAAGGACGAUCUCGAGCGUUUGUAUGAUUUUGAAGAGGAGUGUGUUGAAGGAUUUUUCCACGAACAGGAGAUUAUUUUAAAUCAAUCGACAGAGGAGCGUGUUAAGAAUACUACAGAACGUGUUGAGACGAUGGCCCAGAAAAUAGAAGAUAUAAAUCAAAAGGAAAAUUUACAAACUGCCACUGUACAGAAUAUCGAGUUUCGUUUGCGCAAAAUGGAAGAAUCAUCCGAACAAAUUUUAAACCACUUAGCAGUGAUACAUCGUUUUAUGGCCAUGCAUACAAUGGGUCAAGAUGAUUUCAAUUCAUCCAAUAUAAAUAUACCCGGAGAAUUGCAACGCUUACGAACGGUAUCCGUAUCUGACAAUGAAGCAGCAGGAGCUGGCAGUGGUGGCAGUGGUGGAUUCGGGGGAGGUGGAGGUGGUGGUCUAGGAGGUGGCCUAUCGAAUAGUUUACAGGUAACAAACCGUCGACGAUUUAAUCGUUCUUUAACAGAAGUCCGCCCAGAUGCCUAUAUAUUUGAUGAUGGAGCCCAUUUUGAGGUGGUGCCCGUUCCAGAGGAAUCAGAUGAAGUUGUAAAAUCACGUGAAGCACUUAACGAACAGGUGCGAAAAAUAUCUGUCCAAUCUGAAUCGGAUUCUGAUGUCUAUGUCCCUCUGUCUCAACGGCCAUCUACAUGUGAGACUGUGAAACGAACACCGUAUGUGACUGUACGCCAGGACACAGGCGCAAGUACGGAAAGUAAAGAUACCUUAACACCGCUAGGAAAUGAUGACGAUCAAACACUAGUAGGUGAAAAUUCUGAUGAAACGGGACCAGAUAUAACUUUUGAAGCUGCCAGACAUCGAGCUAUGCGACAACGUACUGUUUCCUUGUGUCGCAGAAAUUCUGAGACGUGUUCUAUUGUUGGCGACAUAAGUCGUUCUCAUAUAAGUCUGAAUCAAUUACAUUUAACACGUCGUCAAAUGAGUCUUACGCAAUCAGAACCAGACAGUGAUAAGGAAGCACAAACAGGAAAAUCUGUACUACAUGCAAAACCCUCAAGAAACAUUCUCUUGAAAUUGCAUAGCGAAUACACUUCCAUCACUGAUGAAUUGGAGAGUGUUUGUCAUAUGAUUGCCUCGCCUACAGUAUCACUUCCAAGUCAUAAAACAUCAUUGGAUCGACCAAAAACGGAAAUGUCGAAAGCCGAAAGAGCAGCUCUUUUAGAAAAGCAACAUUUAAAAGAAUGCGAAGAAAAUGAUUAUCAAAUGCUAGAGGGUCUAUUUACGGCGCGUGCCUCAAUUGAUGAUACUGACGACUCUUAUGAGGCUGGUGCAUCUGUUGACUUCGGUCAUCGUCAUCCUCUUAGACGAGAAACUGCUAUCGAGUUGUCCCCGUCUAAACCACCAGCUGGUGGCGGUGUGGUUGGAGCUUGUGAUAGCAGUGACACUAGCGGUCCAGCUACUGGUGCUUUUCAAGUAAAAAAUGAACGUCCCUGGCAACGUAAUGCCUCUAUGGAACAACAACAAACAUAUCAUUCACCCGUAGUACCACAACGUGCUACCAGUGAGUUUUUAAAUCCACCGUAUGAGAGCACCGGUCGCCUCUUUAAAAAGUCCAGUGAAAGUUUACAGAAGAAUUCUAGUACCGACACUGACUAUUCAGCGCAUCCAUAUCGUUUUAUUAAGCAAAGUUCAAAUGAUACCACCACAUCGAUGACCGGCUCGUAUAAUAUCGAUACACCAUCUUUGACGGCUGAGCCAUCUCUCGACGCAGUUGAUAUACAGUCACAAUCACAAUCCCAAAUGUUAGGGACUACAGUGCUCGAGGGUGGUGUUAGUUUAAGUGGAGGUAGUAGUCUGAGCAUCUCUGCACGUUAUCAACCGUUGCGAACUUCGUCCGUUGGUGCUUGUGAUCUUAAGCGCUCAACUGAUGAAGGAUCAGCUUCCUUAGAUUUUGGAGCAACGAAUAUAAUGACGCAGGUGCAACCGCCUCCACGAGCUAUGCAAUUGAAGAAACAGUUUAGCUUGGACCAAGGCAAGCAGCAACAGCCACCGCCGAUACCACCAACCUCACGUUUAUCAAGCACCGAAACACCCACCUCAACCACAGAAUUUGCACCUUCAUCGUCAUCCUCGGCAUCUGCUUCUGCAUUAGCAUCUGCAUCAACCAAAUUGCAAACACCUUCGAAACAUGCAGCAACAAUUGCUGCCGGUGCUGUAUUGCCUUCAACGGUUCCUGCCAAAUUGAUUUCCUCUCUCAAACCACCACUUACCAGUAAAUUCGGCAUGAAUAUACUAAAAGAGAGUAGCUCGAGCACUGAAGAAUCCAAGGAUGGUGACCAGACCGGUGCGGCUUCUAGUGUUACUAUACCGCAAAUAAGCACAGAUCUUGUCCAAGAUGAAAUUGCAAAACUAUCAUCUAACAUUAAGAGCAGCACCGAAUCAGAAAAGGAUCCGCCCUACAAUGAAACAAUGUGCUGAUUUUUAUUGAAACUUGGAAUGAUUAUUGCCAUAACAUCGUUAUCAAAAGAAAUUCCUCGUUCUCAUCAUGGUGUUCACUAUACGCAUUUUGAUGAAGUCCAAUGGAAUAAAAAUUAACCUUAAAGAAAUUUAUUUUUUUUUUUGAUUGUAAAUAUUAUUAUAAAUAAUAUAUAGUGAAGGAUAUAUUGAUUUUGUAAAAAUAGUAUAUAACAAAAAAUAAUGAUGUGCAUAUACAAUACAUUUCGGUUGUUUAGAAACGCAUAAUGUCAAGACAAAUUUCUCGCCCAUACCCAGGCUUUCCCUAAAUCCCACUCCCCCUGCCUGUGUCUGUAAAAUGUUAAGGAUAUAAAAAACAAAGUCAAAUUUAAAUCUAAGCUAAUUUAAUUAAUCGUAUUAAAUCAAAUAGUAAUUACAAUAAUAUUUUUAAAAUUAAAAACAUUUAAUUAUAAAUUUAUUUAUUUAGAACCCAAAAUAUUUGCAAAAAGACCAUUUGUAUACAUAGAAAUAGUUAAUUAAUUUAUUAGAAAUGUUUAAAAUUAUAAACGGCUGUAUAUGUAUGUAUGUGUCAGUGUGCUGUACAAUAUUUUUAAUAACGUGUAUUUGUGUUUUAUUUUUUAAAAUAUUUAUGUACUUAAAUUGUAUGUAUACUUAAGAAUUGCCAUUUAUUAAAAAAAAUUUAAAUAAUUAUCUAUUAUGUUUUUAGACAAAUACAAACCAAACAAUGAAAAAAACUACAGAAAUAGAAAAUGUUUAAUUUACCGACGUCUAGUUAAAUACAUCUGUAACCCUUUUCCGAAAAAAUUAUAUUUUACAUUAACAUCGUAUUGUUCAGUAAAUCAUGGUGGAAUAUAAAUAUAUUUUCGUUUAUUAAAAGUA